UAUCUCUUCAUAAAUAUAAGUUUUGAUGAAAAAUAAUCAUUGUUUGUAAAAAAAAUUACAUUUUUCAAAAGACGUGAAAUAUUGAAGAAAGUCGAGGACACUUCAGAUCUUCAGGAAAGGCGUUUAACAACAUUUAUUCAGUUCAUCAUCAUUUCUUUUAAACAUUGAUCAGAAAAUAAAUAAAGUAUUUGUUAAGGAACUCAAAAACGGUAUUUUUUCAGAUUAUUUUUCUCCUAAAAAUGGACUCUGAGGACUCCGAAGAUGAGAAUAUUGAGUUUAAUCUGGAUUCAGGAUUAAAUGAGGUUGUGCCGGAGAUUAAACGUAACCUUGUUGGAUUCUGGCUCCUCGGACUCUUCAACAACUUUGCAUAUGUCAUCAUGCUCUCUGCCGCUCAUGAUCUGCUCCGAGAGAAUGCGAACCAGGAUGAAAUAGAACCUCAACCAGAGAUAGGGAGCGCAGACAAUGAAACUAGCCCCAUUCUUUAUUCAAAUAAUACAGGACGAGAUUGUAAUCCUGUUUCAACUGGAGCAAUUCUUUUGGCAGAUAUUCUUCCUGCCAUACUCAUCAAAUCCUUAGCUCCGUUCCUACAUUUACCUGCAAGCUUGAAGGUUUCUGUUGUGACAAUCCUUGCUGGAGCAAGCUUUCUCAUAGUUUCUUUCUCCCACUCCAACCUAGUCACGUAUACCGGAGUUAUCUGUGCAUCCCUUAGCUCCGGGUUAGGAGAGGUAACAUUCCUAUCCUACAGCCAUCAGUUCCAUCCUAUGGUAAUCUCAGCCUGGAGCAGUGGAACCGGAGGAGCUGGAGUUCUUGGAGCAGGAUCCUUUGCUCUUCUCACUCAUUUAGGAUUAUCUCCCCGGACUACUUUGCUCCUGAUGCUGGUUGUUCCUGUCGGGAUGUUUCUCACCUUCUUCUUCCUGAUCAAGCCCAGCUCCCAGGGACACGCAGAGGAUUCUGUUCCUCUAGUUCUCCAAGAGGAAACAGAACUCGGGUCGAGGAUGACUUUUCAGGAGAAACUAGGUUCAAUGCGAGGUUUACUCCGGUACAUGAUUCCCCUUGGAUUGGUUUAUUUCUUUGAAUAUUUGAUAAAUCAAGGAUUGUUCGAGUUACUUUACUUCCCUAAGUCUGGCCUAACUCACAGCCAACAGUACAGAUGGUAUCAGUUAGAUUAUCAGAUGGGAGUUCUUGUCUCCAGGUCUUCUCUUCAUUGGAUCAAGAUUGAGAAAAUUGGGUUGCUCGCUCUUCUGCAGUUCACUAAUUUCAUCAUUUUCCUUUUACAGAGUAUAUACUGGGUGAGUUCUAGUCUAUGGAUUGUUUUUCUCCUGAUAUUUUUGGAAGGAUUACUGGGUGGAGCUGCUUACGUUAAUACGUUCUACAGGAUUUCUAUGGAGGUUGAGACCCGGAGAAAGGAGUUCUCUCUAGGUAUAGCAUCUCUAGCAGACUCUACUGCUAUAGGAUUGGCAGGGUUCGUCUCCAUCUAUAUUCAUAAUCUCAUCUGCGCUCUUCCAAUCAACAAUUCUUCCUUUCUCGCCUAGUUUUACGACCAAAUCAUGAAGAAAGAACUGAACAUUGGCCUCCAACUAUCUUCUAAUCCCUAGCAACCUCGUGGUGGAAAACGUUGAUAUUUCAAAUCUUGACUACUUGAUCCAGCAGAAUAAAAGAUAGCUUGAAAUAUUAAAGCUCUCCGUCAUCAGGUUCCAAAGAUAUAAGGAUAUAAAGUGAUAAUAUGAAAGUAAUUAACUGCUCCUAAUUUAUUCAUUCUUCCAUAUUCACGGCGCGAACUUGUCCAUGUUAGAGGAAAUAAUUCUCUAAAAUUUAGAAAGAAAAUUUACAUUAAAAACACUAUCAGGGCUUUAUUAAUUUAGUAAGACCUACAUUUGAAAAAUCUAAAUUUGUCGCCUAAAGCAAUUAAAAAAUUUUAAAUCUCUGCUUUCAAUGCUUUUUUUCUGAAAUUAUAUUUACAAUGAAUCUAUCAAGGAAUAAGAUUUUACGUAAAAAGGUUUCAGAUACUAACAUAUAUUAACAGUAUUAUAAUUUUUAUAUUAAAAAAUUGCAUAAUUUUAUUAGAUAUUCUGAACUCAAUUAUCAGUGAUUUAUACAAUUAAAUUUGUAACGAACAAAUUAAUUUAUUUCCAUAUUUUUAUUUUUUGUAUAUUUUUAAUGAUUGUAGAACUUUUUUAUAUUUUUAUGUUCUCAACAGAAUAAACGUUUAUAAUGUGUCAGUAA